UCUUCAUAGCUUGAAUCCUGUAAAUUGACACUUAUUACUUACCAUUUUUUUAGUUUUCCAUAAAUCCUAUGUACUUUAAACCUUCUUUUGGUAAAUUGCUCUGCAUCAAUUUUGAAAUUUUCAUUAUCGUGGUGGAACUCAUUUGAAAUUUCACAUACACUUGAACAAUAACACUCGCUUAUUAUCUUUCUAAUAAAAUUCCACAUGGUCUUUUCAAUAACAAAAUUAGUUUUUAAAGCCAUCCGCUUCUCCUGAUUACCUCUAUAUAGCUUAUUAAAAGUCAUUAUCUAUUCCUAUAUUAUAAAUGGGGAUAACCAGGCAGCUCAUGGUCAACAUGUCUGCCUGACCCAAAAUUAUUUCAUGGUUGUAUUUGCAGCCCAACACAUGUAGCCCAAUUUUAAUAGCUAUCAAUUCACCGUUUGAUUUAUCUUGCUAUAUCCGACACUUUCCAAGUUUAUCUGCGAAGCCCUCUUCUUCAAACGCCUCUUUGCUUCAUAUUUGUGCUCUCUUGCUCCUCCCCUCUGAUCUAUUGCUAUUUUCUACUGGUUUUGUAGGAAUAAUGGGUUCUAAACAAAAAAAACAAACAUGUUUGCUUCGCAAAAUCAGAAGCUGAGAUGAAACUUAGGCGACAUGAAACGUACAAAAUAAUAUCUGCGGAAAAAAAAGAAGCAUUGUUACUACAACGACGAACAAAAAGACAAGAGUUAAAAAGGAGUAGUCUUUCUGAGAAUGUUGUUUUUCCUGGCGCUACUCCAGCUGCAACUGAGUUUCAGCAACAAAAUAUUCCUCUUAGGAGCUCUUCUUAUGUUUUAAAAACAGGUUAGAAUACAUCCUUUGUUAUUUUAUUUUUUUAGAAAUGUCCCUUCACGCUUUUUGCAUGUGAGUAUAAUUGAAUGACGGUAAAUGUGUGUUGUGUUUCCCCUAUUAGCCAACGAGCGUCACGUUGAUGCUUUAGAAGUUACAUUUGACAAGCGAAAGAUUAUAAAUUAUCCCUUCUACUCAUUUGAAGUAGGUAAGUAUCAAGGAUGCAAUGUUGACUUUUACAUAAUGUCUUUAUUUAUUCAUAAUUUAUUACUUUUUGGCGUUAGGGUCAACGUCACAUGCAUCUAAUGAAAGUAGUAGUAUGAGCUCAACAAUGGUUGGAAAAAAAGAUUUGCACCAAUCUUUUAUUAUGAUACUGUUGUAUAUUACUUUAUUGGUAAUUUUAUGCUAAUAAUACUUAAAUAUACAGGUUAUAACUCAAAAAAAAAGAGUUAUACAUACGUAGGUCAGUUACAAUCUGAUUAUGUUCCCUUGAAGACUGUUCCUAACUGUAAAUUUUGUGGUGCAAAAAAAUUUGAAUAUGAACCACCUGGAUUCUGCUGUAACAAUGGUUCGAUCAAGUUAGUUUCACAUGAGAUGCCUGUUGAACUACAAAAUUUAUAUUUAGGGACUACUGAAGAAUGUAAACAUUUUCGAACAUAUAUCAGAACAUACAAUAAUAUGUUUGCAUUCACAUCACUUGGUGUAAAUUAUGAUAAAGAAUUAGCAAAAAGAAAUCGUGGUAUUUAUACAUUUAGAGUUCAGGGAAAGAUGUACCAUUUUAUAAAUGAUUUGCUGCCUCCGAGUGGAAUAGCAAAAAAUCUACAACUAUACUUCUAUGAGAACGAUAACGAAUUAGCUAACAGAAUGGCUUGCUUUGAGAAAAUGCAUGAAUCAAUAGUCAAAAAGCUAAUGAACAUACUGAGAAUUAAUCCAUACUCUAUUUUCUUAAAAUUCCUAAUAGAUGUUCCAAAUCUAUCGAACUACAAUAUUGCACUUAAAUUUGACUCAGGUUUGGAUCAACGUGUAUACAAUCUUCCUACUACAUCAGAAGUUGCAGGAUAUGGGUUGAAAAAGAAAUCACCGAAGUUAGUUCUGCACCUCAUAUUCAAAUCUACACUCAUAGAAACAGAUCUCAAAUAGUGAACUACUAUUACGGAUGUUAUGAUCCGCUACAAUAUCCACUAUUAUACAACCAAAAGACUUCUAAACGUCGAGCCUUUUGUGAAUACGAAGAAUUACCAAGUAUUAGAAAUAUGUGUUCUGUUGAUGGAUAUCUUGACAUGGAAGCUCAAAAUCUUGAAAAAGGAAAACGAAAAAGAGAUAAUAUCUCUGUUCGUGAAUAUUACUGUUAUAAAUUCCAAAUGAGAGAAGAUGAAACAAAUGAAACUUUGUAUUCUGGAAGAUUAUUUCAACAAUAUUCAGUAGAUGAACACAUAAAACUUGAAACACAGAGAUUAAAUUUUUUUUCAUUCAACCCAGAUCUCUUUAGGAUAGAAAUGCUACAAGGACUCAUUGAUAUUUUAAGACUUGGAGAAAGAGACGCUUCAAAUAUAGGAAAGCAAACAUUCCUUCCUGUUACUUUUAUAGGCGGACCAAGAGACAUGUGUCGACGCUAUAUGGAUGUUAUUUCUUUGGUACAACAAUUUGGAAAACCUGAUCUAUUCAUAACGAUGACUUGUAACCCAUCUUGGCCCGAGAUAAAAGAGCACUUGCUACCAACUGACGAAGCACAGAACAGACCUGAUUUAAUUAGUCGAGUUUUUAAGGUAAAGAUAGAAGAACUAAAAACCGAUAUAUUAAAAAGAAAUAUCUUUGGAAAAGUUGCAGCUUUUAUGUAUACUAUAGAAUUUCAAAAACGUGGUUUACCACAUGCUCAUUUCCUUAUUAUACUUACUAAUGAAUACAAACUACUCACUCCAGAAUCUUAUGAUAAUAUUGUUCGUGCUGAAUUGCCUGAUUGUAAAGCUGAAGAAACCUUAUAUAAACUUAUUCUUCAACAUAUGAUGCAUGGACCUUGUGGUAAAUUAAAUCCUACAAAUUCAUGUAUGCAACAGAAAAAAGGUGGUUGCAAAUUCAAAUAUCCAAGAAGCUUUGCUGAUCAAACAUCAAAAGGGAAAAAUUCUUACCCAAUUUAUAGAAGACGGAAUACAGGACUUGUGAAAGUCAAAGAUCACUAUUUCGAUAACACAUGGGUUGUCCCUUAUAAUCCAUUCUUACUUGGAAAAUUCAAUUGCCACAUAAAUGUUGAAAUUUGUUCAGAUAUUAAAACUGUUAAAUAUAUUUAUAAAUACAUCUGUAAAGGAUAUGAUAAAAUCGCAUAUCACAUACAUGACAAUGACACAAAUGUUGAAGUAGAUGAAAUAAAAGAAUAUCAGUCUGCUCGAUGGGUAUCACCACCUGAGGCUACAUGGCAUUUAUUUGGUUUUCCUAUUAAUGAAAUGACACCAGCUGUUUAUCAUCUUCGGUUACAUCUUGAAGGACAACAAGUUGUUUCUUUUAAGAGUGCAUCGAGUAUAAACUCAAUUAUGAAUAAUCCUAUGAUUAGAAAAAUAAUGUUAACAGAAUUUUUCGCUAUGAACAAAACAAAUAAAGAUGCAAUAAAGCUCAAUCUACUGUAUAAAGAAUUUCCACAAUAUUUUGUAUGGUCAGUACAAUAUAAAAUGUGGACCCGUCGAACAAAGGGUAAUGUAAUUGGACGUGUUGUAACAUGUCAUCCAACAGAAGGUGAAAGAUAUUAUCUGAGAUAAUUAUUAAUGAAUAUAAGAGGACCAAAAUCAUAUGAAGACCUACUAACUGUAAAUGAAGUACGUUGCGAUACAUUCAGAGAAUCAGCUCAAAAAAGAGGACUAUUUCAUUGUGACAAUAACUUAGCUGAAUGUAUGCUAGAAGCUGAGAGUUAUCAAAUGCCAUGUAGCUUGAGACGCUUGUUUGCUACAUUGUUGGUAUAUUGUGAUCCUGCUAAUCCAAGAGAAUUAUGGGAGAAAUUCGAGAACUCUAUGCCUGAAGACUUCAAAGUUUUACCAGUUAUCGGAACAAAAAGUGUUUGAUAUAAAGUUUUAGAUUGUCUCAAUGACAUCUUACAUUCGAUGGGACAUAACAUUAAUGAGUAUAAACUUAUCGCUGAAAAUUUCAAGGCUUCAAAGGCUGCCAAAGAAGGAAGAGAAAUAUUCUUCGAAAGAAACAUAAUUGUUACUGAAGUAGAGCUAUUACUGCGACAAAAAUUGAACCGUGAACAACAGAUGGCAUACAAUGUGAUUAUAGACAGAAUAUCUUCGAACUGACCGGGAGCUUUUUUUGUUGACGGUUCUGGAGGAACAGGUAAAAAUUUUUUAUACCGUGCCUUAUUAGCUACUGUGCGAUCUAAAGGAUUUAUUGCUCUAGUAACAGCAACCUCUGGAGUUGCGGCUUCGAUUCUUCCAGGUGGUCGUACAGCUCAUUCCCGUUUUAAAAUUCUCAUUGACAUUGAUGAAAAUUUUAGUUGCAAUAUUAGCAAACAAAGUUCACUUGCCUGUUUGAUUCGAGAUGCAAAAUUAAUUGUAUGGGAUGAAGUAUCGAUGGCAAAAAAGAAAAUGAUUGAAACUUUUGAUCUACUUUUGAAAGAUUUCUUGAAUACUAAUGUGCUUUUUGGUGGUAAAGUUGUUGUCUUUGGUGGUGAUUUUAGACAAACUUUACCAGUAGUUCGAAAUGGAAAAAGAGAGGAUUUUAUUCAUGAGAGUUUAUUAUAUUCUGACAUUUGGCCCUGACUUGAAAAAUUGCAACUGUCAGAAAACAUGCGUGCAAAAACUGAUCCGGCCUUUUGUGAAUAUUUGAUGAGAA